GCGCCUCUAGCAAUGCAGAAACACUUCACCAUCCUUUCACAUCUCUCCUUACUCGCGUUCUCAGCUAGGGUUUAGUUUGUAACUCCUCACCUAGCAGUGUCCAUCUACUUCGAGCCCUAUUCCCCUCAUCCCGCAGUCUAACACUUAGGUUCUAAGUCUUGCUUUUUCGCUGUCGUUGCCGUCAUGGAGUUCCGGCGGGGCUCGUUGCUGCUCGCUGCUCUCAUUGGCUUGGCCUGCGCCUCCCUAGCGUCCGCCACCUGCGUGAAAGACUGCCCACCGCUGUAUGGUCUAUGUUCGCAAGGCAUGUGCAACAACACCGCCGGUAUACUCGGGAAAUACGUCGUCCCCGUUGUCAACUGCUCCACCACCUACCCCACCAGUCCUAACAAGCCCUUCUGCGGAGGCGCGUCCGUGAAGCCCCAGACGUGCUGCAAUAAAUGCGCCAAUCUCACGGCUGGAUCCGUGUCUACUGCAUUCAGCUGCGCCUUCUGGAUGCACGUCGCCGUUGGCCCCGGUGGAAGCUGUACGGAUGCGCUGUGCGGCAAGUGCAUCCUCUUUCCCUCCGGCACCAUCCCAUCGUGCAACGGAACCCUCUCGUGCGCGCGCAUCGGCAAGGCCUGCCCCUUCACCAAGAACGACCCGCACUUCCUCGGCGCGCACGGCACGCGCUUCGAGUUCAACGGCUCGCCCGACAAGUCCUUCUGCCUGCUGACGGAGGAGAACGUGCAGGUCAACAUGAAGAUGCACGGGUACUACGACAAACGCACCAUCGGCGCCUCGGUACUCGUCAAUGGCAUGGCGGUCCGCACCUGGAUCCGCGAGCUCGCUGUAAUUUGGCGCGCCGUGACGGGCGGUGACGAGCAUAAGCUCCUGAUGGUAGCGCGCAAGGGCAAGGAUCAGGAGCGCGAGGACGGGUUCGUCGAUCGCAUCGAGCUGGACGGCGAGGUGAUUCCCAAGAUGCAGGUCGGGGAGACUAAGAAUCUUGCCGGCGGUCUCGCGAUCACGUUCACCGGCUACGCCAAGUCCGGCCCGUUCGAUGUCGACGAGUACAACGUCAACGUCGACGGACGGAUCUCGCUGAACGUCCGCGCUCGCAUCGCUCACCCGCUGCUUCAGACGGACGAGGAUGCCGAGACCCACCUGAACGUGCAGUUCCAAGGGGUCACUCCCACGGAGACGAUCCAUGGCGUUAUGGGUCAAACUUACCGCAACGGUCGCGGCCAGCGGGCUCUGGAUUACUCGGCGCUUGCUCAGCUCCUGCACCACCCAGUGGCCGCUGACGGCGUCACUGGCAAGGGAUUCCUUGACGGCGAGCCAACGGACUACGAGACGUCUUCCGUCUUGGAGCCUGACUGCAAGUACACGACGUACCAGGGUAAGUCCCUGCCGUCCGAGAGGGAGUACGCUGGUGUGGAGUACCUUGUGAAGGAUCUUGUCGAGGUGUAACUCAAGUGGUCGACGUAGAGGGUCUUCCUCUGCUGGCUGAGUUGAUUGUAGGUUAUGAAUUCGAAACGUUUCAUGGGAGGGCCUUCUCAGGCCUUCAUGUAAUCUAUAAGCCCUGGUAAAAUUUUACUACACAAAGGAAAAUGGUGAUGUAGGUACGUAAUUCUGCACGGAAGUAUGUAGAUGUCAGAAUCUGUACAUUUUCCUGAGUGGAAAUUAUUCAGAACUGGUAGAACAUGUCAUUGCUGGAGCGGCAAACUUGAAGAAAGUUGCUCCUCAAUGGUAGAAUGAUGGCAAAGAAAAUGUAUGGUUAAGU